GCCCGCGCGACCCUGACUGUUGGUAUUACGUUCUGGUUGCUCUUCAGCAUCAUGCCUAAAGUAGUGUCCCGUUCGGUGGUCUGCUCCGACACACGGGACCGGGAGGAAUAUGACGACGGCGAGAAGCCCCUUCACGUUUACUAUUGUUUGUGCGGCCAGAUGGUGCUGGUGCUGGACUGUCAGUUAGAGAAACUGCCCAUGAGGCCCCGGGAUCGGUCCCGUGUGAUUGAUGCUGCCAAACAUGCCCACAAGUUUUGUAAUACAGAAGACGAGGAGACUAUGUAUCUUCGGAGGCCUGAAGGCAUUGAACGACAAUACAGGAAGAAGUGUGCAAAGUGUGGACUGCCUCUCUUCUACCAGUCCCAGCCGAAGAAUGCACCCGUGACCUUCAUUGUGGAUGGAGCUGUGGUCAAGUUUGGCCAGGGUUUUGGGAAAACGAAUAUAUAUACUCAGAAACAAGAGCCUCCUAAAAAGGUGAUGAUGACCAAACGGACUAAAGACAUGGGCAAGUUCAGCUCAGUCACUGUGUCUACUAUUGAUGAAGAGGAGGAGGAGAUUGAGGCUAGGGAAGUUGCUGACUCUUAUGCACAGAAUGCCAAAGUGAUUGAAAAACAGCUGGAGCGCAAAGGCAUGAGCAAGAGGCGGCUACAGGAGCUGGCUGAACUGGAAGCCAAGAAAGCGAAAAUGAAGGGGACCUUGAUUGACAACCAGUUCAAAUGAUCAUGACUGUUCUCUGAACUCAGAUUAAAGCAUUUAAAUCAAGAAGAAAGAGAAAUUACAUUUUUUGUUUACGUGGACUAAUUCUUUAUUCCCAGCAGAAGGUUUUGCAUCGUCUGCCAUUGACUCUCCUACAUGCAAUGAGUUCUUUGAAUCCAUCUGACUGGCUUUUUAGAUCUUUCUGUAUAUAUAGGUCUUUGGUACUGUUUUUUUUUUGUCCAUUUGAUGGAAACUUCUUCAUCUGUGUAGAAACUCUAUGAAUAGAUCAGUGCUUGAAUGUCUCUGGUUUCUAAGGUAGUGAUUCUUAUAUCUUCUUUAGAGUUCAUAAAAUACUUAGACUUUUGAAAAAAUAUUUCACUGUGUCAUAGAAAAAAGUGACUUGAAUUGGGUUUAAAGUGGCAGCAAGCCAGAUCCAUGGAAGUGGCUGCCUCUCAGACUAGCAGGUAUUGGCUAUGGUUUGAAUGUUUCUAAUGUCAGCAAAAAUCAUAAGAAGCCAGAAUCCACAUAAAGCUUACUUUACUUCAAACAUUAAAGCUCUGGGUAAGUGAUUCUUUCUCAGAAUUUCUACUUGAAAAAAGAAAAGCCAAAUAGUAUAAGGGGGUAGGAUCACUCAGAUCUGAGUGGUCAUGGGGUCUCAGUAAGCAACCCAGGGGCCUACAAUCCUGUCAGAUAGCUUAGAGUGAGUACUGAUUCCAGAUGUGGGUGCUACAUGGGUGGGAGAUAGCAUAGAGUAAGAAAAGAUACUGAGAUCAACAAAACUGUUGAGUAUUUUUUACUUAAUAUUUACUUGUGUGUGAAGGAACAGUGAGCACAAGAACUCUGGUCUCUUCCUAUAAGGAUGCUGAUCCCAUCAGAAGGGCACCCUCAUGACCUCAGCUAACCCAUUAUCUCCCAAAGGCCCACCUCCAAAUGCCAUCACAUUGGGGGCCAGGGCUUCAUUUCUGGAGUGAAAGGAGGGGGACACAGUUCAGCCCAUAGCUUUAUAUAAGAUGUUAAUAUUAGGGGAACCUGACAGAAGAGUACUAUCUUUGAAUAACUUCUGUAAACCUAAAAUUAUUAAAAGAGUUUUAAAGAAUUUGGAAGGAAAAAAAAAAAAACCAAGCCAAGAAGUGUUAAAGGUGCCGAUAGAGGAAUUCAGAUGAUCAAUCACAGAAUCAGCUGGAUCAAAAUGAAGAGGGAUGAUGAUGGAACUGAAAUACUGGGGGAAAAAGGGAGGGUCAAGGAUAUAUGAAGGUUAUAAACAGGUUUAGUUUCACCAUAAGUGAUGCUGUUUGUUUUCCUGGAGUAAUAUAAAAUAUUAAAGGCUUAAGUGUAAUGGACUGUGCUUUGCUAAAUUUGAGUGAAAAAGAGGAAGUAGCCAGAGAAGUGCAGAAGCAGCAGCUGAAUAAGAUAUUAACAAAAUAAAAAGAGUUUUUUUAAAGGAGGUGGUCCACAGUCGUAAGGAUCCCAAAGUGGUCAACAAGCUAGUUUUAAAAAAUUUGUUCAGUCCUCCUAAUAAAAUUGUAAGUCUAAAUGUAACCAACUACUACAGUGGCAACAUUUUACAACAUUUUUUUUACUAUUUUGUCACACUUGGUAGUUUGCAAAAACAAUCAAAAAAAUAGAAUAGGGCCUCCCCGGUGGCACAGCGGUUGAGCGCUGGGUUGCGAAGCUGCCCGCAGCCUCUGCAGCGCCAGUUCGAUCCCCGGCCACCAGGCGAGGGUCCCACAUGGUGCGCAGACCACUUCUGCCGCUCGCUGCUCCCCUCAGCAGUGUACUUCGUCUGCCUGUUAUGCUCCCCGCUCUCACUCUGGUGAAUUCUCUCACCCUCCCGCGCUUCUGACUGUACCCAGUGCUUGUAUAAAUGAAUAAAAUAAAAUCUUUAAAAAAAAAAUAGAAUAAAGGGCCUCCUCCAUGGCGCAGCAGUUGAGCGCUGUGUUGCCCGCAGCCUCUGCAGCACCGGUUUAAUCCCAGGCCGCUGGGCGAGGGUCCCACAUGGUGCGCAGACCUCUCCUGCCGCCCGCUGCUCCCCCCAGCAGUGUACUUUGUCCCUCUGUCUGCUCUGCCUUCCCCUCUGGCUCUGGUGAAUUCUCUCACCCUCCUGUGCUUCUGACUGUACCCAGUGCUUGUAUAAAUAAAAAAAUAGAAUAAGUCCAAAUUUUUUAUAUGGCUUUUUGUACUAACAUGAAAAAACUGUUGCUAAAAUGCUACUACUAAAUAGAGAAAUUAUGUCAUGUUAUUUUAAUAAUUAUUUCUAUAUGAAAAAGUAUCGUGAACACAUGCUGUUUGGUGUUAAGACAAUGAUUUUAAUCUUUAAGAUGAAAUAAAAUGUAUAAUUUGAA